CGAAAGUGGUAGCAGCCAGCUAGCAGACAUCGAGUGCUGGACGAACAGGGUAAAGCUAUUUGACUGGGUGUUCUGCAAAGGAACCCUACUUUCUCGGUUGUUGCUGCUUGCGGUGUCUUCCAAUGGAGCUGGCUCACAGUUUGCUGCUCAAUGAAGAUGCCCUGGCUCAGAUCACUGAGGCCAAGAGGCCUGUCUUCAUCUUUGAAUGGCUCCGCUUCUUGGAUAAAGUUCUCGUUGCAGCAAAUAAGGUGGAUGUAAAGGAGAAGCAGAAGAAGCUGGUGGAGCAGCUCACAGGUCUCAUCAGUAGUGCCCCGGGGCCCCCCACCCGCAAACUGCUGGCCAAAAACUUGGCCACCCUCUACAGCAUCGGGGACACCUUCACUGUCUUCCAGACCCUGGACAAGUGCAAUGACAUCAUCAAGAGCAAGGAUGACACUCCUGCCUACCUGCCCACCAAACUCGCUGCGGUGGCGUGUGUCGGGGCCUUCUAUGAGAAAAUGGGCCGGAUGCUGGGCAGCUCCUUCCCUGAGACCAUCAACAACCUCCUGAAGGCAUUGAAAAGUGCAGAGUCCCAGGGUCGUGGGGAGAUCCUGCUCAGCCUUCAGAAGGUGCUGAGUGGGCUCGGGGGGGCAGCAGCCUCCUGUCAUCGGGACAUCUACAAGAACGCCAGAUCCUUACUGACUGACAGGUCCAUGGCCGUCAGGUGUGCAGUUGCCAAGUGCUUGCUGGAGCUGCAGAACGAGGCUGUGUUCAUGUGGACCACAGAGCUGGAAAAUGUGGCUACCCUGUGCUUCAAGGCCCUGGAAGGGUCCAACUACGGGGUGCGAGUGGCUGUGUCCAAGCUGCUGGGGACAGUGAUGGCCACUGCUUUGUUGCCCAAGCAAGCUGCUGUGAUGCGUCAGAAUGUCAAGAAGGCCACGCUGGAAGAGGUGCUGGAGCUGAUGGCCACAGGCUUCCUGCGGGGCGGGUCUGGCUUCCUGAAGAGCGGGGGCGAGAUGCUGAAGGGCGGCGGCUCUGUCAGCAGGGAGGUGCGGGUGGGCGUCACACAGGCUUACGUUGUGUUCGUGACCACGCUGGGCGGGCAGUGGCUGGAGCGCAACUUCGCCACCUUCCUGUCCCACGUGCUGGACCUGGUGUCGCACCCGCGGGCCACGCAGACGCACGUGGAGGCGGUGUACUCGCGCCGCUGCGUCUCCUUCAUGCUGCGCGCCACGCUCGGCGGCCUGCUGGGGGAGAAGGCCCAGAUCGCCGCCGGCAAGGAGAUCUGCCAGGCCAUCGCCAAGCAGAUGAGGGCUGUUGGUAAGGAGGUGGUUGAUGGGGGGGAAAUAUCCAGGUUCAGAGCAUUACAGAAGGCGGUGGUGAACGACACCAGCAGCGAGAACAAGGCGGGCGCUGCAGACGUGUCCGCCAGCCAGCACGUGAUGGUGUGCGCUCUGAAGGAGCUGGGCAGCCUGGUGCAGAGCCUGAGCGCCACGGCCUCGCCCCUCAUCCAGGAGCCCUCCAUCGGUCUCCUGGAAACGGUGACGUCGGUGCUGCUGCACCCCAGCAUGGCCGCCCGGCUGGCGGCCGCCUGGUGCCUGCGGUGCGUUGCCGUGGCGCUGCCCUAUCAGCUCACCCCGCUGCUGGACCGCUGUGCGGAGCGGAUCAAUAACCUGAAGACCUCCCCCGAGGCUGUGAGCGGAUACAGCUUCGCCAUGGCCGCUCUGCUGGGGGGUGUGCACCAGUGCCCUCUGGGCAUCCCCCACUCCAAGGGCAAGAUGGUGGUGAGCAUUGCAGAGGACCUUCUCCGCACGGCGGCCCAGAAUAGCCGUCUCUCUCUCCAGCGCACCCAGGCUGGCUGGCUGCUCCUGGGGGCUCUCAUGACUCUGGGCCCCUCCCUGGUCCGCUACCACCUGCCCAAGAUGCUGCUGCUGUGGCGGAACGUGUUCCCGCGCUCCCAGAAGGAGCUGGAGGCGGAGAAGGCCCGGGGAGACUCCUUCACCUGGCAGGUCACCCUGGAGGGCCGCGCUGGGGCGCUGUGCGCUAUGCGGAGCUUUGUGGCCCACUGCCCUGAGCUCCUCACAGAGGAUGUGAUCCGAAGGCUGAUGACCCCCAUCGAGUGUGCCAUGACCAUGAUGUCACAUGUACCUGCGGUGAUCAAGGUCCACGGAGCUCACCUCAAGGCCAGUGCUGCAAUGGUGAGGCUGAGGCUGUAUGACAUCCUGGCCCUUUUACCCCCCAAGACAUAUGAAGGGAGCUUCAACGCCCUCCUGAGGGAGCUGGUGGCAGAGUUCACCCUGACGGACAACUCGGCCAACACCACCACCUCGCUGCUGCGCUCGCUCUGUCACUAUGACGACAGUGUGCUGAUGGGCUCCUGGCUGCAGGAGACUGACCACAAGUCCAUUGAGGAUCAGCUGCAGCCUAACAGUGCGUCAGGCAGCGGAGCUCUGGAGCACGACCCCUCCUCCAUCUACCUUCGCGUCCCUGUGGGCGAGGCAAUCCCUGGUCCGCUGCCGCUCGGCGUCUCCGUCAUCGACGCGUCCGUGGCACUCUUCGGGGUGGUCUUCCCUCACGUCUCCUUCAAACACAGGCUGCAGAUGCUGGACCACUUUGCAGAGUGCAUCAAGCAGGCCAAGGGCGUCCGGCAGCAGGCUGUUCAGCUGAACAUCUUCACAGCCGUCCUGAGCGCACUCAAGGGCCUGGCAGAGAACAAGAGCAGCCUGGGCCCGGAGGAGGUGCGCAAGUCCGCGCUGGCGCUGGUUAUGGGGGCGCUAGACAACCCUAACCCCAUCCUGAGGUGUGCUGCAGGGGAGGCGUUGGGGCGCAUGGCGCAAGUGGUCGGAGAAGCCACCUUCAUCGCCAGGAUGGCCCAGUACAGCUUCGACAAGCUGAAGUCUGCACGGGAUGUGGUGUCCAGGACAGGCCACUCUCUGGCUCUGGGCUGCCUGCAUCGUUAUGUGGGUGGCAUCGGGUCUGGCCAGCACCUGAAGACCAGCGUCAGCAUCCUGCUGGCCUUGGCCCAGGACGGGACCUCUCACGAGGUGCAGACAUGGGCGCUUCACUCCCUGGCUCUGAUCGUGGACUCCAGCGGGCCGAUGUACCGGGGCUACGUGGAGCCCACCCUGUCCCUGGUCCUCACCCUGCUGCUCACCGUGCCUCCGUCCCACACGGAGGUGCACCAGUGCCUCGGCCGCUGCCUGGGGGCCCUCAUCACUACUGUGGGGCCAGAGCUACAAGGUAACAGCGCCACCAUCUCCACCAUCCGCUCCUCCUGCCUGGUGGGAUGUGCCAUCAUGCAGGACCACUCGGAUUCCCUGGUGCAGGCGGCCGCCAUCUCCUGCCUGCAGCAGCUGCACAUGUUCGCCCCGCGCCACGUCAACCUGUCCAGCCUGGUGCCCUGCCUCUGUGUGCACCUGUGCAGCUCCCACCUGCUGCUGCGGCGCGCGGCCGUGGCGUGUCUGCGGCAGCUGGCACAGAGGGAGGCGGCCGAGGUGUGCGAGUACGCCAUGAGUCUGGCCAAGAAGGCCGGGGACAGCAAGGACAGCACCGCCAUCAACCUGAACAUCACGGAGACUGGCCUGGAGGGGGUUCUGUUCGGCAUGCUGGACCGAGAGACGGACAGGAAGCUGUGCUCGGACAUCCACGACACCCUGGGCCACAUGCUGUCCUCCCUGGCCGUGGAGAAGCUGUCCCACUGGCUGAAGCUGUGCAAGGACGUCCUGGCGGCCUCCACAGAGGUGGGCGGGGCGAUGGGCCUGGAGGUGGGGAAGGAGGAGGAGGACUCUGAGAAGAAGGAUGAGAUGGACGACGACACCAUGUUCACGGCCCUGGGGGAGGAUGACAAAUCCAAGCCCUCCGUCGCCCCCCGCUGGGUGACGCGUGUGUUUGCGGCCGACUGCUUGUGUCGCAUCAUACUGCUGUGUGAGAAUGCGGACAAGGCGCACUUCGAUCUGGCCGCCGCCCGCUCUGCCAAGGCCAAGAACCCUAAAGGUGACCUGCUGGUCCUGCAUCUCUCGGACCUGAUCCGCAUGGCCUUCAUGGCCGCCACUGACCACAGCAACCAGCUGCGCAUGGCAGGCCUGCAGGCCCUGGAGGACAUCAUCAAGAAGUUUGCCGCCGUGCCUGAGCCCGAGUUCCCCGGGCACGUCAUCCUGGAGCAGUACCAGGCCAAUGUUGGAGCCGCCCUGCGACCGGCAUUCUCGCCUGACACGCCCUCUGACAUCACUGCCAAGGCCUGCCAGGUGUGCAGCACCUGGAUCGGCAGCGGUGUGGUCAGCGACCUCAAUGACCUGCGGCGCGUCCACAACCUGCUGGUGUCCUCGCUGGACAAGGUGCAGGCUGGGAAGGGCUCGUCCAGCCAGCUGUACAGUGAGAGUGCCACCACCAUGGAGAAGCUGGCGGUGCUGAAGGCCUGGGCCGAGGUGUACGUAGUUGCCAUGAAGAUCAAAAAGGAGGCGGAGAAUCGGCCGGCUCGGGCGCCGCGGGGCAGCGAGGAGGACGAGGACGACCUGGGCGGGGACGCGGACGUGCUGCCCCCGGACAGCCUGAUCACGCUGGUGCAGCCGGAGCUGCCCUCCCUCAGCAGGCUGUGGCUGGCGGCCCUGCGGGACUACGCCCUGCUCACUCUGCCCGCCGAGUUCGCCAGCCAGCUGCCCCCCGACGGAGGGGCGUUCUACACCCCCGAGACGAUUGACACGGCACGCCUGCACUACCGCAGCUCCUGGGCGCCCGUCCUGCACGCCGUGGCUCUCUGGCUCAGCAGCACAGGCUUCGGAGCCAACGAGGGACCCGAUGACGCCUCAGCUGUCCCCUCCAGGGGCCCCGGGGCCUCGGGUUACCCCCAGGGCACUCCCGCCACAGCCAAGAAUCAGGAGGAGCUGGUGAAAGACAGAAUGCAUCUGCUCCUAGGUGUCAGCAUCGAGUUCCUGUGUUUCCCCCGGCCAGAGGAGCCCAUUGAACAUGUCAUGUCCUGCCUGCAGGCCCUGUGCACCCUGCUGGGCUCGCCCUGUGCCCGCACACACAUUGCAGAGGACCAGCUUUUGGGCGUGGAGCUGCUCAACGUGCUGCACCGCCUGCUGCUGACCCGGGACCCCCCCGCCGUGCAGCUGCAGGUCACGGCUGUGGUGCAGGACACCAUCCGCGCCGCGCAGGACCACCUGCAGCAGCAGAGGGCCUGUAAGAGUAAAGAGGAUGCCAGCGAGAAGGAUGCAGUGUCGACGCUGGGGGAGGGGGGUGAGACGGGUGAGCUCCAGCCCGGAAAGUCCCUGGUGUAUGCUGCCAUGGAGCUGCUAGUGUUCAUCCUGGUGCGCCACCUCCCCCAGCUCAACACCCGGGUCACCGACUCGCCCAGUCACCUGCCCUACAAGCAACAGCGUCUGUCCGAGGACAGCACCCGCCUGGUGGCCGCCACCGUCUCCAUCCUGGCUGAUCUGCCCUCCCUGUGCUCCCCGGCGGGCAGCAUGACCAUUUUACCCACAAUCCUCUUCCUGAUCACGGGGGUCCUGCGGGAGACGGCAGUGAAGACCGCUGAUAACUCGGUGCCGCCUCCAGUCUCAGCUGCUCUUCAGGGCAUAAAGACCAUCAUCACCUCUCCGCUGGCGCGAGUGGAAAAGACCCACAAACAGUGGACCGGGCUGGUGAGGAGCAGUCUGGCCUCUGUACUGGAGUACUCCCAGCCAGACGACUCCAGGCCCAACGUGGACGAGGUCAGCAUGCUGACAGCCAUCACCCUCUUCUUGCUGUCGGCAGGGGCGGAGGUGGUGGGGGUCACGUCCCUGCAGAAGGGCUGCAUGGACCGCUUCCGGAACGCUCUCAACUCCAGCGACCCCUGGGUGCAGGCUAAGUGCUACCAGCUCCUGCUGUCGGUGUUCCAGCACUCCAGCCGCGCCCUGUCCACGCCCUACAUCCACGCCCUGGCGCCGCUCAUGGUGGAGAAGCUGAAGGGCGUGGAGCGCAGCCGCCCCAGCAGCGCCACCGAGCUGCAGGCCGUGCAGGAGGGCAUCAAGGUGCUGGAGAGCCUGGUGGCCAUGGGCGAGGAGCAGAACCGUGUGCAGCUGCUAGCCCUGCUGGUGCCCACCCUGAUCUCAUACCUGCUGGACGAGAACGCCUUCUCCUCCGCCCCCCCGGCCUCCAAGGGCCUCCACGACUUCGCCCUGCAGGACCUGAUGCGCAUUGGGCCCCUGUAUCCCGCCGCCUUCAAGACUGUGAUCGGGGCGGCGCCGGAGCUGAAGACCCGCCUGGAGACAGCCAUCCUGGCCAAUCAGGCCAGCAGCAAGGCCAAGGCAGCAGCCAGGCAGGCACAGCCCGCCGUGCAGGCUGCGCCCACCAUCAAGCUCAAGACCAGCUUUUUCUAAGCAUGCCUUUCUCUCACUCACUGCCUGUCCUAUCUGUGUUCGCUCUGAAGCACAGUCCUAAAUAUGAAGCGCUCCCCUAACUUCCUGUUUUUCCCCCUCCUCCAUUUUAUUUAUUAUUUUUCCA